AUGCUCGGCAACACACACUGCCUCAUCUACACGCGCGACUUCUGCUACAACGACCAGAUCUACCACAAUGCCUCCAACCACCACACCGACUACACCUGUACCCACGACUGCAGCUACAACGACCAGACCUACCACAAUGCCUCCAACCACCACACCAACUACACCUGCACCUACGACAGCAGCUACAACGACCCUACCUACCACAAUGCCUCCAACCACCACACCGACUACACCUGCACCUACGACAGCAGCUACAACGACCAGACCUACCACAAUGCCUCCAACCACCACACCGACUACACCUGCACCUACGACAGCAGCUACAACGACCAGGCCUACCACAAUGCCUCCAACUAA